AUGGCGGCGGGCUCCGAUUUACUGGAUGAUGUUUUCUUCAACACAGAGGUGGACGAGAAAGUAGUUAGUGAUCUAGUUGGGUCUUUGGAGUCUGAGCUCACGGGAUCGGGUCGUGGAAAGUCUUCAGUUAGGGUCCAGGCUGCAGCAAAUCACAUUGACAACUCAGCUGUAGGUCGCAAUUCCAAUUUCCAGGACAGCGAAAUGGGACUUUCACAAGAGCUUGCUAAACCAGGGACUGGCGUGCCAGGGGGGGUCAUUAAUAGUAGGAGGUCCCAGGGUUCAACCAUGUAUGCUGCGGUCGGGACAACGGCGGUGGGAUCGAGCAUGACAGCCGGGCACAGUCCGAGCAAGACUGGGGCAGUCAGUGGUGUGAUAACGGAGGUUCCCGAUUACGGAGCUGGGACCAGAAAAACUGGGGCGGCUGGUGUACAAACCUUAAAUGGAAGGAGCGUUGCGAUAAACUCUCAUAAUUCAGGAAGUGUUGCUGCUUUGGUGAACUCGGCAAGCAGCACUGUGCCCGCCGUCGCGGUUGUCAACAACGGACCGAGCUCCGUAGUCAAAGGAAACUCUGAUACGAUCUGUCAACGUUGCCCACCCUGCAAGUUCAGAAGCCCAAAUCAACACAUUGGAGUCUCCAAAAAGACCAGACAAACGACUUCAGAAGUGACCGGCCCCUGUGUUAUAGGUAAAAGCCUGGUUUUGCAAAAUGUGAGGACCUCCAUCCCAUCGACCAUUGCAGCCUGUCCUGGUGGGAUAAAGGCGAUCGCGCCACAGGUGUUCUCCCCGAGACUUCCGCAACCCCAACAAAAUGCUUCAAACAUCCAAAACAUUCAGCUCCCUCCAGGCAUGGUGCUGGUACGCAGUGAGAGUGGGCAGCUUCUGAUGAUCCACCAGCAGACCCUGGCCCAGAUGCAAUCCCAGUCCCAGAGCGCCAUGACCCCACGGGCAGCCACCCCCACCAGCACUCCCCCUGUCCAGAUCACUUCUGUACAGGCUCCAGGGACGCCCAUGAUGUCCCGUCAGGUGACCCCCACCACCACCAUCACUAAGCAGGGCUCCACGGCCCAGACCACUGUCCAGGCCACCACCACCCUCCAGAGGCCUCCUGUACUACAACAGAACACCAUUAUGCUGGGUGGAGCGGCCGCCACCUCAGGUCAGGCUCCAGUGCAGCCUUGCUCGGCAGCAGUCACCCAUAGAGCAGGGACCCCUGGGACACCAGGUGCCCCCACGGUCGUUUCUACCAUGGAGAUCCUGGAGAAUGUGAAGAAGUGUAAGAACUUCCUGUCCACGCUGAUCAAACUGGCAUCCAGCGGGAAGCAGUCGUCUGAGACCACAGCCAACGUCAAGGAGUUAGUCAAGAGCCUGCUGGAGAGUAAGAUCGAAGCGGAGGACUUCACCAGUCGGUUAUACCGGGAGCUCAACUCCUCUCCUCAGCCAUAUCUCGUGCCUUUCCUCAAGAGGAGUCUUCCUGCACUGCGUCAAAUGACCCCAGACUCGGCAGCCUUCAUCCAGCAGAGCCAGCUGCCUCACACUGGCGCCCAGGCUGCUGCCCCCUCCAAGGCCUUGACUGCUGCGGUGCUGGGGGGCACGUCCACGGCACAGAACUCCCGUCUCAACAGUAGUAGCCCUGGGGCCAAGGGGACCAUGCACCAGUCUCCUGUCAUCAGCCUGGCCCAGACACCUCAUAGCAAGCCUGGCCUGAUGGUGCCUCAGCAGCAGGGGGCAAUGGGGAGGCCUCAGGUGACUCUGGCCCAGUCACCCAUGGUUACGCUCCGAGGCCAACCCCACAGUCACAUCAUCAUGGGGCAGCCGCAGGUGGUCAGACAGCUUCAGACAGUUCCUGUAGUGAAGCAGGCUCUAGCACCAGGAGCCAAGGUAACACUGGGGCCCCAGUCUAUGCUCUCUGUAGUACUGAAGAACAGGCAGAAGGAGGCAGGCGGAGGAACCUUCAAGGAUGAUGAUGAUAUAAAUGACGUGGCCUCUAUGGCUGGAGUCAACCUAUCAGAGGAGAGUGCCCGCAUUCUGGCAACCAACUCUGAGCUGGUCGGCAUGGUGACUCGCUCUUGUAAAGACGAGGCCUUCCUCUUCACCUCCUCACUAACCCAGAGAGUACAUGAGAUAGGCGGGAGGUUAGGGGUGACUGACCUGGGGCCGGAGGUGAUCAGCUACGUGUCCCAUGCAACACAGCAUCGGCUGCAGAACCUGCUGGAGAAAUUGACGGUGGUGGCGCAGCAGAAAAGCAUCACCUUCAAGGAGGAGGAUAAGUGUGAACAGGUGAGUGACGUGCGAGCACAGCUGAAGUUCUUUGAGCAGCUGGAUCAGAUGGAGAAACAGAGGAAGGAGGAGCAGGAGAGAGAGAUCCUGAUGAAGGCAGCUAAGUCUCGAUCACGACAAGAGGACCCAGAGCAGCUUCGGCUUAAACAGAAGGCUAAAGAGAUGCAGCAGCAGGAGCUGAAUCAGAUCAGGCAGACGGAGGCCAACAUGACGGCCCUGGCAGCCAUCGGCCCCAGGAAGAAAAGGAAAAUGAACUCCCCUGUCAGCGGAACCGGGGCUGAGGACAUGUGCUCUGGUCCCUCUCCGUCAGGUGGGUACAGUAGCGGAGGCUCCAGGCCUCAGCGCCAGCGCAUCACCCGGGUUAACCUCAGGGACCUGCUCUUCUGUCUGGAAAAUGAGCGGGACACCAGCCGCUCACACCUGCUCUAUAAAGGCCUCCUCAAAUAACACAGGGAGACCGGACAUGCCCAAUAAUGCUUUUCUAAGGGACAAGAAAUGAAUGAGACUAACCAAGUCACUCACCUCCCUAACAGACAGAGACCAGCCACUCCCUAUAGCACCUCCCCUAGAGACAAGAACAACCAAUAGCACCUCCCUCAAAGGGCAAGAUAGACCAGCUACCCUUGAUGGUACCGUCUCUUCUUCUGUGCUCUCCUAGAAUCAUGACCUCCUAGACUAGAGGAGAGACCAAUGACACCUGGAAAAUGAAUCAUCAGCUGAACCCUACACUCCCUCCUCAAGAGAGACCAGGCUGUUGCAGCUGUGAAACAAUGAGUUGUUGGGACUGACCUAUCAAACUAGCUCUUCUGGCCUUCUUCGCGAUUGCCUGAUCCCUCCUGAUGACCCAGUUGGACAUGACUUCAACAAGGCCACCAGGAGAGAUCUGCCAAUAAAGUUGGAAGUCCCACCUAGUUGACCACAUUAAAAUGGUGGAUGCCCCCAAUGGCGCUGCCUAUGCUAAUACGGCCUUUUGUCCACUAGAGGCCUCAAUCAUUCUCUAUGUUAGAGACCUGCUACUUGCAACCAGGUCCCUUCCCAUACACUCCUCUGGAGGGGAAAUGCUCUUAUUUGUGAGGUCUCCUUUGGGUCUGGAAAUAUCCUCAUGUUUUGCAGUAAGGACAUGCAUUAGCUUUUCCAUCCUUUAACCUCAUGCAAUAUAUGAUUAGACAUUCUUUAGAAAGAUCCCCAGCUAGGGGACUUUUUAACAUGUUUAACCAACAAAUGUAUAAACCUGCAGGAGUAACGUCAAAUACCUGACGAUACAGAGACUGUGCAUUUUGUUGAGGAGACGUUUUAUUUUUCCUAUUUUCUAGUCAUUCAUUCUCGUGCUCUUUUACGGACUGAGGAUUAUUUUAAUUUGACUGGUAUUCCUCUUCCACCGAGCUGCCUUGCAGCCAUAAUAAGCCAUAUUAAUCAUACAUCUCUAACUCUCCACCUCUGACAGAACUCCUUCUCAAUCAGUCAAUUUUCCACAGAGAUUUUAGACUCGUUUGAUUUCUGCUUUAGCGUCUCUUCCCAGGUGCUUGUGUGUUGGACUUUGUUUUUAGUCACUUAUAAUGAUUAUUUAUUUUGUCAGCAUGUCUGUUGAUAAUAAUUUUGUACAUGUAUAUGCCUACAUGAAAACAUACACACAAACACAUCCUAUGGAAGCAGUCGGUAAAUUGAAGUUUUUUAUCAGUAGACCGUGUGAAGAAAUUGAUAUACAAUAUAUAUAUAUAUUUUUUCAGAGGAGUAAUGUAAAACAAUUUACAUUAAUUAAUUGAUGCAACAAUGAAAAGUGAGACUGAUGCAAAGUUGGCAAUGGAUAGCGUUUAUGAUUGAAGGGAGGCCAUUACUAGCUGCCAUGGUGAUGUGGGAUGGAAUGCAGAAUAUGGUAUACAGAAAUCACCCCCCGAACGAUCCGUUUUUUAAUCAAGCAGUCGGUCAGAAGCAUACACCCACUUUCUGUGUAUUCUUUGUAUUUCUUAGCGCACAUACUAAUUGGUUGGUUGUUAAGCUUUUGGAUGGUAUUGAUGAAACCUUUGACUGUACAUAUUUUUCAAUACCGUAGCCCCUAGCAGCUGUUCCGCUUCUGUCCCUUUAUCCAUGUUCUAUCAGAGAACUGGUUUUAGUGAAAAACCUGAAGCAGAUUACUUCUUAUUAAGAUCUUGUACAUUUUGCACAGCCACUUGUUAAUAUGUAAAUAUUCUAAGUGAAAGAAUGUUUUUUUAAUUGCAAUUGUUUUAUAGAUGAUUGAGAGAGAAUGAUCUCCUUCAUUAAAAUGUAAAAUAGUGCCACAA